AUGGGUUCAUCAAUCAAUUAUCCAGGCUUCGUGAGCAAGCCACAGCAGAAACCAACGAGUAAUCCGUUUUUCCAAAGAGAAAAUGUGUCUGUGAAACAGGGAGCGGCGAAAUCCAAGCUUUCACUUGCUCUUCAAACACAGAAAAGUGUAAAUGACGAUUGCAAGAACGAUGAGGACUCCGAUUCAGAAUAUUCUUCGUGCGAUGAAAAGAAUGAGGAAAGCCUGCGAGAUUACAAGCCUGGAGGAUACCAUCCGGCAUUCAAAGGCGAAACGUACAAGGAUGACCGUUAUGUAUUAGUAAGAAAACUUGGGUGGGGUCAUUUCUCUACAGUGUGGUUAGCCAGAGAUACCCUCAAUAGUGCACAUGUCGCAAUGAAGAUAGUGCGUAGUGACAAAGUGUACACCGAAGCAGCGCUGGACGAAAUAAAGCUAUUACAACGUGUUAGUAAGCACGAGGGUGUACAAGAGGGAGCUUAUGAUGGAUCAAAACAUAUUUUAAACUUGCUGGAUAGUUUUAAUCAUAUGGGUCCCAAUGGUAAGCAUGUAGUUAUGGUCUUUGAGGUAUUAGGAGAAAACUUACUGGCAUUAAUAAAGAAAUACGAGCAUCGCGGUAUUCCCAUGGUUUACGUCAAGCAAAUUGCAAAGCAAUUAUUAUUUGGUUUGGACUACAUGCAUAGAAAGUGUGGCGUUAUACACACCGAUAUUAAGCCUGAGAAUGUUUUAAUGGAGGUUGGAGAUGUCGAAACUAUUGUGAAGAUGGUAGAAAUGAUGGACAAGCAAAAACGAGACCGCAAGCGGUUACAAAGGAGGGCAACAAGAACUGGUGCUGAUUCACCUUACAACCCAUCGUCGAGAAGCAGUACAUCCAAUUCCUUAGAGCGGCUGUCCAGUCGCAGAUCUCGAAGACAUACUGUUAUAACAGGGUCACAACCAUUGCCCUCGCCAAUUAGUUCCACCAAUUUUUUUGAAAUGAAAAACCAAGUGCUGGGACAUUCGCUUCCCCGGCCUACAUCAUUUUCAUCAAAAAGUAAUGUUAAUAUUUCAAAUGCUGAUGACGAGCAAAUCACUAAUUCUCUCUCUUCGUUUGAAAUUACUACUCCCGGUGACGAUGAUCAUCUAGAGGACUCGUUGGAACAAACCGACAUAAUUCAAAUAAAGAUCGCUGAUCUUGGUAAUGCGUGUUGGUUUGAUGAACAUUAUACUAAUUCUAUCCAAACUCGAGAAUACAGAUCGCCUGAAGUACUUCUGGGUUGUCAGUGGGGAUGUAGCGCAGACAUAUGGUCCACAGCGUGCUUGAUCUUCGAAUUAUUGACGGGAGACUUUUUAUUUGAGCCAGAUGAAGGGCACUCUUACACGAAAGACGACGAUCAUAUUGCUCAAAUUAUCGAGCUUUUAGGAGAAUUACCCUCCUAUCUACUGUCUACCGGGCGAUAUGUUCGAACUUUUUUCAACUCGAGAGGGCAAUUGAGGAACAUUGCCAAAUUGAAGUUCUGGCCUUUAAAAGAUGUUCUCGUUGAAAAAUACAAGUUUCCUGCAGAGGAAGCACAGGAUAUUGCCGAUUUCCUCCUUCCGAUGUUAGAACUCGAUCCCAGAAAGCGUGCAGAUGCUGGAGGAAUGAUUAACCACCCUUGGAUAAAGGAUACGGUAGGUUUAGAAAAUGUAUCACUUGUGGAAAGAAAACUUUACGGAAGUGGUGCCGACAUACCUGGAUGGUUUCAAGAGGUGACUGGCCACCCAAGACAUUAA